AUAAAUUUUAAAAAUGAAGGUAACUGCAUUAUUGUUACUUAGUGUCUUCAUGAUUAGUGUCAGCUGUCUUGAGACCUACCAUUUCUACCACGGAGAUCAGUUAUUAAAUGUUUUGCAAGAAAAAAAUGGAAAAGUUUUUGUAAUCAUGGUUGCUAAGGAUGACACCAAGGAUAAAAAUUUGGCUAUUCAGAAUGCUAGAGUUGCUGAUGCACUCUACCAUCAAGUCCUAACAAAACAAGAGUAUGACGCAGAUGGAAAGCCAGUUGGAGAACCUGAAGAAAAAGACGUCGUCUGGGCUAGACUCAAUGCAGAUGACCAUUAUAGGAAUGACCACUUCGCUGGAAGGCUCAAGAUUGAUGUUCCUUCUCUGGAGGAUACUCCAACAGUCAUCGUUAUGAAGGAUCAGAUAGGGUGGUCCAUGCACGGCCCCACCGCUGUCAGACAUGCUAUGAGGCACGUGGACGAACUUCUUGCAGCCCAGUAAUUAUUCUAAUAUCUCGGUUAAGAUAUCUCUCAGGAAAUGA